UUAUCAACGCUGAUUUGUGUGUUGUGUUGCAGUUGCCUACACGAGUCGGAGACUAUGCAACGUAUGGUGAUUUGGCCGCUACCAAUGACUCGAAGAGGAUACACUCUCGAUGACUGCUUGACAAAUUACUUGGCGGACGCGGACAUGAGCGACAGGGAGUGCUUUCGUUGUGGUAAUCGCGAAGCCGUCAUGAAGAGGACUGUCGUGUCGUGGCCCCGUGUCUUUGUGAUUUGUCUUCAACGCUUUUCCAACGGGGCGAAAGAUGAAGCGCCCAUUUGUUUUUCGGAAAUUUGGCAACCCCGCGAAAAGGACGUUGAGCCCGACCGCGAAUACAUUUUGCAAGCUGUUGUGACUCAUCUCGGCCAAACGAUUGAAUGUGGUCACUAUGUCUGCCAGUGUAGAGGCAGCGAUGGAGUCAUACGAAGUUUCAACGAUGAUCGCGUCACCAGCAAGCUAUGGGAUGAAUACGCUGCCGAGGCAUAUCUCCUUUUCUUUGUAGAGCAGUAGAUCGCUGUGCCCAAAUUUUUCUUUUUAAUUUUUAUCCAAAAUUAACUAUUUCCUUUAUACAAAUGUAACUAUAUAUAUUUAUUUAUAUAUAUAGAUCAAUGUAGGUAUAUGUAUAUGUAGUGGGCUUUUACCACGCAACACACUUGGUUGAAGAAGAAAAAAAAACUUGAAAACUCGCUUCGGUGGGGUUUCUCGUAGAGUGAUGCUCAUUUCGUUUACGGAACGUGUGGUUUUAUUUUGUUGUUUAAAAAACAACCUUUAUUUUUUUAAUCAUAGCAUCGCCAACGUUACUGGUGGUUGCGGUUAUUUUUUUUUA